CCUUCCUGUUGGCGGCGCGCCCUCGUGGCCCGCGGCGACACGGGGCUCCGCUCUUUCUCUUUCCGCUUCCAGCGCUCACACUUUGUUGCGGUGCAGCUCGCUGCGAGUAUAAGGCAGUAAACGUCCCACGUUCCCGUCCCCACAGCGAGUGACUGUUCAAAGGGACGCCGACGCCGCGCGCCUCCUUGUUGUUUGUCUACGUCACAGUGAAGUGUUCCACUUCUGACGCGGCGCCGCUUUUCCCUCCAGUUUGUGUCGUUUCCAAGGAAACGGACAAUGGCAGCAGAAGCGCGGAGAAGAAAGUGAGUGACUUCCGCGGUUCGCGCCGCGGUUCCUCGCAGCGAUGGCCGAAGCCCGGGUGGAGGAGGACGAGGAGGGGCUGCGAGAGACCCGAGAAGCGGCCUUCAGACGGACCGGCUUCAGACCCCAGGACGGGUCAACAGAUUGCACGGAGAGACACAAGCCUGACCGACGCUCCUCCAGUGUCUCUGCGUGUGUGUGCGCGCGUGUGCGUGCGUGUGUGUUUUUUCCCUCUCUACCCUUUGCUUAUUACAUUUUUUGGGUGCAGCACACCCCUGAAUGCUCGCCGCUGACGAGCGAAAGGUCCUCCCCCGCCAGAAGACCGUCGACGAUCUGCGGCUUUGUAGCGCCGCUGCCCCGUGCUCUCCGAGCUUCCAGAGCUCAUUUAGUAUCUCAGGAUUCGGGGGAAACGGAUCUUACUGGAAGUGCACGCCUACCUCCACCGCGCCGCUGCCAAGUCGCGGCCGUCGGGAAGGACGGGCUGCGCGCGUGCAGCAGUUCCUCGGUCCGCCGCGGGUCUCGGAGUCGAGAACGCGCGGAGGCUCCCGCGUCGGCUCGCGUCGCUCGGGUCUUCGGAGGAGCAGCGGGCCAAGGGCCGCUUUCCUCUAUAAGAGCCGCCAUCAAGAAAACUACCAGAACAAAUCCCCUCAGUGACCAUCCUAGAGAUAGAAGACGGCCGGAAAUAACAAUCGUCUCCGCGGAACCCCUUCCCACAUCACCCUGGUUCCCAGGGAACCCUGCCGGAUUUCCACCUCCCACACCUUCAUCUCAGCCAAUCUGGGGCGGCAGCAUCUCAGUAUCUUCCCAGCCACCACCUUCCUAUGACCAGGUGAUCAAGGAGAAGACACGGGAGCAGGUCAAUCCCCUGGGCACAACCCCUCUUCGCUCCACCACCACUACAGCCACACAGACUGAGCUGGAGCCGGGGCCUGGAGCCCACUUGGAUCCAGGACUGAAUGUCAUGUCAAAAGCCCUUGAGAAGAAAGGGUUCAACUUAAGAAGACCUCCAAAGCCACCGAGACCAGCGUUUCCUUCGGAAAUCAAGCCAGUGCCAAGCGGAGCAACAGUCGCUCCGGAAAAUUCUCAGGGAGACAAAUUGUCCGAGGAACGUGUUGAGAUCGACAUUCAUCCAAUCGAAGUCAGCGACGGGCUCCUUGAUUUGGGCUGCCAACUCCCUUCGGAUCCCCCUGUGUCUCUACCCGAGCGGAGUCGUGUGCAGCCAGACCUCUGUGAACCGUGCCUAAUCUCUUUGGAUUCCCCCACCGAACUGAACGAGUUUUCCAUCCCUUCCUCAGAUGCUUCAGCCUUCCGUCCCACUGGGGAAGAAAACAAGCGUCCGGUGCCGCGGCCGCGCUUGAAGACACCUGCCGCCAAAGAGGUAAAAGUUCAGACGCUUGUGAGGCUGACAGAUGAUGGGGAGAACGCUCAGCUGACCUUUAACAGUGGGGAAGUGUCCACGGGGAGGUAUCUACAGGAGCUUUUAGACAUUUUUGGUCCUGAAGAGCCGCAUUUCCCAAGCCAGCCUGGUGACCAGAGCGAACGAAGUGAAGACAUGAGUACUUUACGUGCAAAGAUCCAAGCCUUUGAGAAGCAGUCUGCCACAAGCAGCGAGGAUGGAGAAGUUAAGAAACCAGAACCACGUCCUCGUGUUCAGCAACCCAGGCCCGCAGCGAUGGCUGCCAAGCCGACCCUUGCCCCUAAGCCAACCAGUAAGAACAUCUGGGAAGGUGGCUUGCCAGCAGGGUCCUCUGCCGGAGCCGACGGCUGUAAAGAUGUUCAUUCUGCUCUGAGCUCUUCGCCAAGGCCUGUGCUCCCCACCCCAUCCACGACAGAGACAGAUGGCAAGGAGAAGCGUCCAUCCCGACCCCCCGUAGCUCCGCGAGCCAAGACCUUCCAAGCCAAGGAUAAAGCCUCUGCCAUUGAGAGUCCCGCUCCCCUUGGCCAGGCAGGACCCAUGACGGACCUCAUAAGCUUCAGCGUGGACACUAGCAAUCUGCAGCCUGUUCCAUCCCACGCACACAGUGAAGACACAGGCAGUGACUGUGCGUCUUAUGUCCCAAGUAAACAGGAUUCAAAUCCGCCAGUUGUUCCCCGGAAGCCAACUUUAACCAGGCUGCCUAGCAGACCUGGCAAACCGUCGGAAGCGGAGCCCUCGGACCCGCCACCGCCCCUCCCGACAGAGAAGCCAGUGAGUGGACUCCCUCCGCCCGUGGCCCAGAAACCCAGCAUCGCCUCUCAGGCGACGGCUGCGCCCCGGGCACUGGAAUCCUCUCAGUCAGAGGGCUUCUGCAGCUCUUUGGCAGGAAAGUCGAUUCCUCAGCGCGGCAAAAUUCCACCCCCCCGACCUCCUCCGCUUAAAGGAACCCCAGGAAGGCCGCCUCCGCCACGCCCCGCCCCCUGCCGAUCCGGCCCGGACUCGGGACCAAAGGACACGUCGAGCCAAGGGUCACAAAAGAAGGGUCCUGCCUUGCCUCCACGGCCAAGCCCUGGCCACGCCCUCCUCAGCAGGAAGACGAAAGAAGAGGUUCUGAUAGAGCUGGGCCAGAGCGAGGGUUCGGCAGCGGAGCGCCGAGCCGGAGAGCCCAAAAGUCCAGAAGCGCCAUCCUCCGUGAGGAUUGUGAGCCCCGCUGCGUGUGGCAGCGCACAUCUGCAGGCUCCUGUUCCUGGACAAGGUUUGAAAGACAGCCAUGGUCUACAUGCGGAAGUACUACGCGAUUUCACUGCAGGGGGUCCGGAUGAGCUGCCCCUCAAAGCGGGCGACCGUGUCUCCAUGAUGCAGCGGGUGGACGGCGACUGGUUCCGUGGCACCUGCAGGAGCGCUUCCGGCAUUUUCCCUGCCAGCCACGUCAAAGUGCUGUCAAGCGUGCCAUCCGCAGAGAGCGGAAAGACGGCAAAACCCACAGCCACUCUGGUUAGCGGCCCCAGGUGCGUGGCGCGCUUCGCCUUCGCGGGGGACCACGGAGACGAGCUGUCCCUGUCCGAGGGCGACGUCGUCAAGCUUGUCGAGUACGUGGACCGGGAGUGGGCCCGUGGAGAGCUCGACGGCCUCGUGGGGAUUUUCCCUCUCAAUUUUGUGGAAAUCGUGCAGGACCUUCCGGCUCCAGCAGCGCAGCCGUCCGGCGUGUGCGGCAUGACUUCUUCACUCAAGAAGCAAGAAGCUGCUGAAGUGAGCGCGGUAACGGGAGACCCCCCGGGGGAGUGGGCCGUGGCCCUCUACAGCUUCACCGCUCAGACGGACGAGGACCUAUCCUUCCAGCAGGGAGAGCACAUUCUCGUCACGCAGCACGUCGACUCGGACUGGUGCUGCGGGAGGCUUAACGGCAGGGAAGGGCUUUUCCCGAAGGCCUUCGUCCAGAUCCCUGCAGGGGACAAGUGCGGAAUGUGACCAGAGGUUUGGAGGCAAUAUAAUGUCCAAAGCUUUGGGAAUUCAGCAGAAAGUGUGAUUUCUGUCACAAUGAAAAACAUCUGCAACAUACUGUAAACCCUAUGCAGCUGUAGUCCUUAGCGUUUGGAUAUAGAGUCCAACUCUGAACUCAGCAAUGCUGGAAUGGACCACCGUUGGGAUGUUCAACUGAGUCUUUGACAAUUUUUGUCCUACACUAUAAUGUGGACCGUCUCAGCCAUACACAUCGUUUUAUGAAAUGCUGGCAUUUUCUAAUUUUUACUUUUGGAUGGGAUUUCUAACCCAACCCUUUUGAAAUUGAAUCAUGUUAAGAAAUUUUUGCCUUAUUGUACUUAUUUUUAAAGCCAGGAACCACUAGUCUUUUCUAAUUGUUCCAGAAGUCAUUACAAAUGUAUCUGUUCACAAAGGCAUGAAAACCUUGAUACUGUACAACUUUGAGAAUCAAUUUUGGUUCCUUUCAUUACAGCACCACCUUGUGGCCUCCUUGCAAUGUUACUCAAAUGUUUUACGUCUGCCUUGGAGUAAACGAUACCCAAAAAUCAGUUGCUUGUUUUUACUAAAUUGAACUGCAUCCUAGGCCACUUACAUAUGUACAUAAUUUGCAA